AUGAUGUACGAUCACCUCGAACUCAUCGCCAAGCUCACCUCGAAAAAGAAAGUAAAAGAAGCGUCCCCGCCAGUCCGUGAAGAUUCUACCCAACGACUAGGACACAGCAGGAUACCAUCAAAUAUUUCAUUGCUGAUCCAUCGGCGAUGGUAUUCUCCAAACCAUCAGCGGACUAUGUUAGAUCAAACAGGGCCCGGGCGUAUUAGGUACGAUGCGUCAAGACAAAAGAUUUUGGAUGCUGUUAAUGCCAGACUGCCGCCAUGCAGGCGGAUAGACAGUACCCAGUUGAUGAAGCAUCUUGAGUAUGCCCGGAAAGUGACUCGUGAUAAGAUCCAAAACGAGAUGACCUACGCGACACCGAAAAAAAUAGCAUAUGACUUUUUAAUGAAGGCCGAUGGGGCAGAUGAAGCGCCCAUGGAAGAACCGAGUUUUUCCGAGGAUCAAAAGCCCUCCGUUUCACCAGCAAUCGAAAAUGAUACCUACGACGAUGAUAUGGAUUCGCAGGAUGCUGUCCUAGACAAUUAUGAUCCAAUUUCAACAAAUUCCAACGAUCUUACCCAAGUCCUGGAACGCUUCUUCAACGGUCUGCAGAUCCGCCCAAUGAAGUUCCCGAAACGUCCGAAG